AUUCGCUUUCAGAUGUCGCUCUUCUCAAUGUGGGGUCGCUGCUCCUGACAACUUUAUAACGCUAGCUCCAUAGAAUGCAAAGUCGUUCUGAGUCGCCUUCAGUGGGCGGUAUCCUGGCCCCGAGGCAGUGUAUUGCAGGCGAUACUCGGACAACACGAACACGCCGAUAAAAUCGUUAUGUUCCACGGCCCUAGCGGAAACCGGGACACUGUCUGCAUUACAAGCGGAGUUCGGAUAACACAAGAACAAGAUCAUUCGGGACGGCCCCUGCCUCCACUCAGUACCAUUUUCAACCAUGUUCGUAUUGUUGCAUGUUUUUUCUUUUUCUGUUUUUCUUUUUGACUAUGACAUAUACACUCUAUGAUUCCGAGUAUGACCAAACGUCAAAACUAGACCACAGUUCGUUGGACUACACUUCAUUUGCCAGUUUUACGAGAAGGUUCUAUUUUGCGUUUUACUGAAGAAUCUCCACGUCGCGCACAGGCUACUUCCUGAAAUCUGACUGUCACGAGCACUGCCAUCCCAUUAUCGUAGAAAUUCGUUCUUGGACAAUGGGAGAUGCGUGAAAUAGGAACGUACGCUUGUUUGACUAACAACAUUUUUACUAUUCGCAAAAAUGCGAUGCUGGGAUGAUAGGAUAAACGCCUGGAACCCAACUAGGACUAAUAUUGUCCUGAACAUGUGCUUUGAAGGAGCGGCUGGGUGUGUUGCACAAACCAAGGUCGAGUUGUACAAACUCAGAUCGACAUUAAGUUUCAGUUCCUCUAGAAAAGCUAGCGACAGUUUGAUUGAUGGUAAGUGAUCAGAGUAACAAGCUGUCAGUAUAGCUCCUUGUAAAGAAAAUACUGUCUCUUGAUAUAGCCAAACCUAUAGCGUAGCCUAUUGAUUUUUAUAUAUUUCAAUUGCUUGGAUUAUUGGUGAUUCGCGGAAACGCGUGGGGAUGUCUACAGCGUAAAUUUGGAGAAUCUCUCACUGGACGGUAUGGGCCAACCGAACUCGCACGAACUGGUAACUGGUAGCCUAAUGGUAACCACCAUGCAACCGUUACCUACGAAGUUUUAACUCUGCGACUGCCAUGUGGGUCGCCUUGGGAUUUUCUGUUUUGAACCUGGACUCCGGAAACAUUUUCGCGGAAAACGAAUACUUUCCCCUCUCAGUGGCUGUAUAAAAAGCGCCCCAGAACAGGGGUAAAAGAGGAAAUGCAAGCUAAAGAACGGGACCAAGGCUACCAUUAAAGGCUCAAAUAUAAGGAAACAUUUAGUUGGUCAUUUCUGAUUUUGUGUAGGCUAAACGAAUAUCGUGUAAUUCAAUGCUGUUUUAUUAAACUGUGUUUCUUCCCUACAGCUGCUUGGGAAAGAGGGUAGUCCUAUACAAUAGCCUACACCUGGACUGGAUAUAGCCUAUCACUGUCUAAACUCCAUGACUGGUCGCUGAUUGUUGUCAUUCUGUGUAGUUUAUUACAGUUUCUAAAGUGUCUUGGAACUGAUUCUUAAUUAUUUUGUUUGCCCAAUAACUCAUUUGUACUUUUUUAUUUGAAAGGUUAUUUUUAGCUAUUGAAACUGAAUGUGUGUUAAGGGUUUUGUCCUGUUACAAAUCGGGCCUGUUAAGAUGCUGUAGAGAAGUGGCUUUUUUAAUGUAGGCCUAUACUGUGAAAGAUGCAUGGGGUCAUUUUCUGGAAGAAGGUCCAGCAGCUGCUGGAUUAAUGUUUAUAAUUUUUUAAAUUAUUAUCAUUGUUUAUUAUCAUUAUUUUUACAAAUCACUGUUCUGUUCUACUGCCAUGCAUAUUCUCUGAUUAUUGCGUGAAUCACAUGUAAUGCUCUAGCUGGAGCUGAGUCUAGCGUGUCCAGUAGUGGCAGGUCAGCGAGCUGAAGGGCAUGAUGAAAGACGGCUUUGCAGGGGGGCAUCCAAGGCCCCCCCUGUCAACCUGUAGGCUGCUGACUGUGCAUAGAGAGCUGCUGGUGGAACAGGUGAAGAACACGCAGUGCAUACUGGACAACUUGCAGCUCAGUGGCUUCUUCUGUGCCGAGGACACAGAGAUCGUUCUGCGCUCAGCCACCAAGACUGAGCAGGUUCGUAAGAUCCUGGAGCUGGUCCAGAGCAAAGGGGAGGAGGCUUCUGAAUAUUUUGUAUAUAUUCUGCAUGAGGCCUAUGAUGCAUACAUUGACCUGCGUCCCUGGUUUAAAGAGAUCCAGUAUGAGCCUUCUGAUUCUGUCAAGGAAAUACCAGUGAAGAAUACUGACCCAAUUAGUAAGUAUUGCAAAAAAUUACGUCAUGAACUGGCACAAGACACUCGCUUUAUCACCUCAUAUGCCCAGAAAGAGGAGACUCUCCUAGAGGAGUUCUACACAGACACCCUAAUGGAGCUGCUCAGUGAGAAGAACGAGAGCCUGGGCUACCUGGACAGUUUGGACGAACUUCUCGGUCUGCAGGGGGUCUUCAAUGAGCACGCAGAGACCAUCUUCAUAGUAGGUGAUGCUGGCGUGGGCAAGUCCAUUCUGCUCCAGCAGCUGCAGAAUAUGUGGUCCAGGAGGGAGCUUCCUAGUGCUGAAGCUAAGUUCUUCUUCAAAUUCCGUUGCCGGAUGUUCAGUGCCUUCAAGGAGAUGUAUGAAAUCUCCCUGAGAGACCUCCUUUUCAAGCACAACUGCUACCCAGAUGGUGAUUUGGAUGAUGAGGUUUUUGGUUAUAUACUGCGCCACCCUGAGACGGUGCUCUUCACCUUUGAUGGCUAUGAUGAGAUUCAUGCUGACUUUGAAUUGGAGAACCUGCCUGAGGUUGUCUCACCUGAGGAGAAGGCUCACCCUCUGAUGCUGCUUACUAACCUGCUUAGUGGGAAGCUGCUCAAGGGGUCCAGGAAAAUCCUGACUGCUCGGACUGGCACUGAGCUCCAGAGUAGAGUUAUUCGGAAGAAAGUGUUCCUGAAAGGGUUCUCACCAGAAAACCUGCGGCGGUACACUGCCUUGCACUUCCAUGAGAGAGAUUACCAGGAACUUGUGAUGGUGCAGUUGGAUGCUAACCCCCACCUCUGCAGCCUCUGCUCCAUCCCCCUGUUCUGUUGGAUCAUCUUCAAGAGCUUCAAGCAUCUCCGCUCAAUGUAUGAUGACUUUGAGCUUCCAGACACUUUUGUGACCCUCACCAGUGUGUUUCUCCUGUUGUGUGAGGUUUUCCUUGGCCACUGCUCUGGUCCCGGCCUGCUGAAGAGGAGCACCAGGUGCCCUGCUGACACCUUCAGAGGUGGGGCUCUCACCCUAGCAGGCUUUGCAAAGCUGGCCCAACUCGGGAUGGAGAAGGGUGGCUUUGUGUUCAGCCAGGAUGAAGUUUCCUCUUGCGGCAUCACUGCACAUGACUUGCAGUUGGGCUUCCUGAGACCAGUCAGCCAUUAUGAUAGCUGUGGGAACCCUGCCACUUUUGAGUUCUUGCACAUAACUCUUCAGUCUUUCCUUUCCGCAUUCUCUCUGGUUCUGGAUGAGAGCAUUGCCCCAGGCGAAAUCCUGAAAUUCUUCACUGAGUGUGAAUACCAAAAAGCUCCCCAUUUCCAAUUGUGUGGCUCUUGCCUGGCAAGCUCCAAACCCCAGGGCAAGGACCCAUUCCAGACUAAUGAGCACCUACAGUUUGCAAACCUAUUUCUUUGCGGCCUACUCUCAAAAUCCAAUGCCGGCCUGCUGGAGCACCUUGUGCCCCUGUCCUCACUGAAGAAGAAGAGGAUGGUCCUGAAGUCGUAUUUGGCAAAAUGUGUGAAGUCUCACCUGAAGGGCCUGCCCCGGCACCCCACAGACACGGAGGGCUGCAAGGUCCAAGUAAUGCCCAACUUCCUGUGGAUGCUGAGGUGCAUCUUUGAGACUCGCAGUGAUGAUGUGGCCCGGGUGACAGCCAGAGGGAUCUCCGCAGACAACAUCAAGUUGACAUACUGCAACAUGUCCUCUGCUGACUGCAGCGCACUCAACUUUGUCUUGCACCACCACCACAAACUUCUGGGUGUAGACAUGGACAACAACAAUAUCAGUGACUAUGGUGUGAAGCAGCUUCGGCUCUCCUUUAGUAAGAUGACUGUAGUCAGGUUGUGUGUCAAUCAGAUCACAGACUGCAGCAUAGAGGUAUUGGCUGAAGAACUUAUAAAACACAAGGUGGUCAAGGUUCUAGGGCUUUAUAAGAAUUGCAUCACUGAUGUUGGAGCCAAACUGAUUGCACAGAUUAUUGAGGAAUGUCCUCAUCUAAUGACUCUUAAACUUGGCUGCAACAAGAUCACAAGCGUGGGAGGGAAAUACCUGGCCAGUGCAAUUAAAAAGAGCAAAUCCAUCUUUGAUGUGGGAAUGUGGGGAAACACCAUUGGGGAUGAAGGAGCAGGAGCAUUUGCAGAAGCCUUGAAGAAUCACCCCAAGCUUACCAAUCUCAGCCUUUCUGCAAAUGGCAUCACCUCAGUGGGAGGGAGGAGGCUGGCAGCAGCGCUAAAAGAGAAUGUGUCUCUUCACAUCUUCUGGUUGGUUCAGAAUGAGCUUACAGAUGAUGCUGCCACAGAUCUUGCAGAAGCACUCAAGAUCAACUCUGGACUUAGAUGUCUCUGGCUAAUUGACAACAGGUUUACAGUGCAGGGAGCCAGAGUGCUGGCUGAAGCGCUGCCUUACAACACUUCCCUCAAAGAGAUCUGUAUGAAGGGAAACCAGCUCUCCGAGGAGGAACAGAAACUAUUUGAAAUGGAGACUCGGCUGCGUUUCUCUUGACCAAUGAAUACGAGGCUCCUGGAAAGUCUCUUACCCCAGAGGUUGUGCACGUGUGCCUAUACAUGGCCAAGUGGUACAAAUACUUAUUCUGGCCCAUCUUUUUAUCUUUUGCAUUACAAAAAUGCUGGUAUUAGUUCAUUGUAUGCAUUGUGUGAAAUGAAUGUUCUUCAGUAAUUUAAAUGUGGAUGUCCAUUUUUUUGUUAUGUUACAUACACAAUUAAUUGUGGUUUUGUUUUCAAAUAUGUAUUACAUUGAUGUGUAAGAUAUUGUAUUGUAUUCUUUGAAGAUGGGCAUGGAUACACUUGGAUUUGGCUUAAUGCUGCAUACAGAGUAUACGUUUAAUAUUGUCUGUCUUAAACUACUGUUGGUCGCAAGAAUGUAUUGUACUUAAGCUAAAGGAACACAGGGAGGGACUAAUGUUCACCCUUGAGCAGGCAGCCACAAGUAGAGCAUGGGUUACAGCGUUUCAUACAGGCUGGCUGCACAUCUCUCCCUGCAUGAAGUACGUACGUAAGUAUGAAGUACCUUUAUCGGAAGGCCAUUAUUCCCUAUGAGAGAUGAAGAUGGAAUAGACAAAAAAGAAAAUACAAAUGUGACACCCUACACCAAAAUUUGCCCACAACAGGUAUAAUGCACUGGCUCCAGAUUUGAUCAAAAUUAAAUAUUAAAUCAGGGCUGCCCAACCCUGUUCCUGGAGAUCUACCAUCCUGUAGGUUUCCAUUGCAACUCUAAUUUGGCACACCUGAUUCUGUCCGAUUCUACUAAUUAGCAGUUCUACGAGAUCUCUAGCUGAUGAUUGUGGUGUGCUUUGUUAGAGUGUGAACCUACAGGUAGGUCUUCAGGAACAGGGUUCGGCAGCCCUGAUCCUUAGAUAUCUAAUUGGAUUUUAACCUUAAAAAGAGAACUUGUCUUGGACACCAUUCAAUAGUGGGAAUUUUCAUAAACAGUCAUGCCUGAAACAGGAUACUGAUGUCUCUACAGUGGGAUACACAAUAAAGAAACAACGAUAGAAUUAGCUAAAUUAGAUAAAAUGCUCUGUUUGUGAUUUAAAUAUGUUCCCUCAUAUCACUAUUUCUCUAUUGAUAAAUAUGAAGUUUGGAAUGAACAUAAUAGAUGAAUGAACUCCAUUCUGAUAUUAUCUGGCUUUCUGAUACUGCUCUCCCAAGUUUCCCACACAGAAGGGUUUAAUUGCUAGGUAGGAACAGCAGAACAUUUGAUGUAAAUCUCUAAUGUUGGUAUUAUACAUGGGAAAAGAAAGGUGGCUGGUUUGUGUGCAAUAAACUAUGGCUUUUUAGUUGUUUUCCAAAUAAGAUCAUUAAGGUGAUCAAAUGCAUAUUCUUGACCUGUAAAAAUGUGUUUUUGCAGGAUGAUUAAAUUACACUUUAAAGAUGCAGUUA